AAAUCAACUUCAAACAACAUACACCAGUUGUGAAUUCCUUCUCAAAGUGUGAAGAAAGCAAAAAUGAAAAAUUAUUAUAUUAUUUGCUUGGGAUUAAUUUUAGUGGUUCAACAUUGCGUCACCUCACCAAUACCGGACGAUGAGCAAAUCGAUGAGCACAAUAAAUUAUAUAUAGAAGUCUUAAAAGACCUCACUGAGUUUGCACUUAAAACUGGAGAUGAACUCCGUGAAUUUAUAACGAAAGUUGUAGACGAAAUGGAGCAAAACAAUGAAUUGCCUGAUAAGGAUCUUUCCCACAGACAACAGGAUAAAUUCGUCAAAAGUUUUGAAAAAGUAAAGAAUAGCGAAGGCGACCCAAACAUGUUGGAUUUAUAUACAUUAACAGGAAAUAUAAUUGAUUUUGCCACCGAUGAGUUUACAGUGAAAGAUGAACAAACGAAAAAAGUUAUCGAAAAGUAUAAACUUGUGGAAUUUAGUGAGAAAAUUCGGGAAGCGGUUACGAAGUUUUAUGACCAUAUAUCCGAAGAAUUCGAAACAUACGCCCACGAAUUGGACGAAACUCAAAAGCAAGAACAACAAAAACUCUUCGACUGGCAUAAGGAUUUUAGCGGAACUAGUGAGCUAAAAGACAAAUUUAAUGAAAUUGUCUCCUUCUUUGAAUUAUUUAAGCCAACUCUGGGAAAAGAAUAAUAGUAAUAAAAAUAA